AUGGCGGGUGUUCUGACAGGAAAGUCUUGGCGAGACUUUUUGGAGAAGACAGCUCAUCUUCCUCCGGCCUUUGAAAGAGAACACGCGGCACAUGACAUCAGCACACCUUUAUGUAUCAACCUAAAAUCCGUCCAAGGCUUGGUUGUCCCGGGGGCGAGCGAUGCUGAAGCCUGUUACCAGUUGUCCGUCAGUUUGUACGACGUUGCCUUUCAACAGUUUUUUGGACGACAAUGGCUGGGUCCACUUAUCGAGGGAAAACGGAGCGGUGCCAAAUUACACUACAACCAGACGAUCUACUUGCACACAUCUAUCGCCAGUACGAGCGUGGUGGUGGUGGUGGAGGUUAUAGCUAUCGUCCAGGAGGGUCACCAGCAGAAGAGGCUGUCGUGUGGCUGGGGAAUCAUCCGUCCCUUCAAGCAGGACGCCGAACUCACUGACACUGCUUACGAGCAGAAGCUGCCCAUCCACAAGUCAGAGAUUUACUAUGGAACGCCUAGAGCCUUGUUCUUCAUGGACGAUCCAAUUGAGAGUAACCGAUUGCUCCGCCCAAUCACAGACUGUCAGCUGGCAUACACCAUCUCCACCCACAAAGCCCUGUUCCAGAUAUUCCACUUGUUGCCUGAAAACGUCAUCGUCGGGAGCAGGGACGUCAUCCCUGGCAUCGUCAACAAUUAUGAAGAUGGCACGGACAAGCUGCAUCGACCGAAACUGUUGAGGCAAGUGCCGUGCGUGAUCAACGGCUUGGUGCUCCACCUGCAGCCCAACGUGGAGAAGUUUGAGGAUGAGCUGAACGAACUGCUGCGAGACGACCGGGCGAACCGGGAAAACACGCUCACCGACACGACGCAGACCUCCAUCGUCGAGAGGAGACUACAGGUGGGCGUUCACAAUGGCUGGGGUUAUGUUGAGAAGCCCCAGACAGUUCACCUGGACACACAGUGUGCUGGUCAGUCCGAGUCUCGCAAACCACCGGCCAGUCCAACCAUGAGGCGCAGCGGAAAAAUCGCAAUGACGCAUAAACGACAGGGAUCCACAGGAUCUUCAAUAACGGUUACGAACCUGCUACUGAAGAACAGAGUUCAGAUUAACGAGUUACUGGAAGACCCGAUGAUUGCUGUUGUUUUCACGCUGGAGUACGUCAUUGGAGAACCUUUGUCAGCGCAGGCCAGGAAGAUGUCUCUGAGCCUGGCUCGGAGUCACACCCGCACUGUGUGUGUGCGGUGGGCGGUGUGGAACCCACUGCUCAACCCGAGUAGCCAGGAGGUGCUCGUUUCCAUGAUGGGCGGGCCUCACCGGGGCCCUGAUGAUGAGUUUGUCUAUCGAAUGCCAUUCACCGACAUGCAGGAUGAGAACCGGGCGAAGACGGCUGGUGGACUCAUCUCCUUCCAAUGCUCCCUCGAUGGCAAGGAUUUCCUACCGUUGCCGACAGCGCUGUCUCCCAGCUCCAACGGUUACCACGUGGGGUCGAUGCCAUCGUUUGGCAGCAUCGAGGAUGCUGAUCGGUUCAUGCAGGAGAGUUCACACAGCUUCUACAAACGCCCUCCAUCAGGGAAACCAAAAAGCCAGACGGCUCCACAGUUGAUGCAGAUCAGUCAACAGGUCAGUCAACAGGUUGCCAUGCUACCUCAGCAACCGGGCGUGGCCUUCGCCCAGCCCCCGAUGAUGGGAUCAGUCUACCAGCAGCACCCUAUGUAUAUGACCGGCAUGGGGACAGCGGGUUAUUACCCCACAGAUAUCAUGCAAGCCAUGGAGCCUCCAAGAAGCCGGAUGACCGCCCCAGAUCUACAUGAACUGCCUUACACCCCGGUCCACGCCCCCAUCCUCGCUCAGGGACCGACUGCUAGAGGGGGACAGGGUUUGUCCAGAGCUUGUUACGCUCAGCUGUACGCCUCGGGUUUCCCACCAAUUCUUGAUCGGAAUGGAGACCCGCCGGAAAUUGUCGACCCCAGCACCCCACUGCCGUUCAUCAUGACCAAAGAAAUGUCCGACCCUCUCCAGUGUAAUGAGAUCAUCUUCCAGUUCCUGGCAUUUUCCAAGUUUUACAACACUAUUCUUGGUGGAUCCAACAAGACAUCGGGAACGGUCUUCUUUACUUUCCAGUUCUACAGGUUUCCGCAAGUAACAACGGAGAGACUUCUGUUAGGAAAACCACAGACUAAUCUAACAACAGAUCCAAACUCGAUGCCGUUUAUCUUACAAAGAAUUGAUCAGGAUGGCACUGUGAUCGAUGGACAGCCUGGUUUGCAGAUCAAGUACUACGUGGACCCGUCGUUUCUGAAGCCGGGAGAGAACCAGCUGUUUCUACAGUACUUGUAUCACCAGACGCUCCAUCUUGACGUGUGGGACGGGGACUCUUUGUUACUGCUAGGAUCGUCGGCCAUCGACCUCAAGUGUUUACUGCGAGGUGGAAACGAGGCUGUACAGGCUACGAUUGAGAUGGACGUCAUAACGACUGAGUACCAGGAUGACAGCCAGGUGGCAGACAAUCCAGGGGGGACCUGCGUUGCCAGCGUCAGUCCCAUCAUGAAGGGGAAACUCCACUUCUGUAUGGCCAACAUUGGCCAGGAGGGGGACGUCAAGAGAAGCAAGCUUCACGGAGAAAAAGCGAUGGUUCCUGUAAAGAACUGUGUUAUUGUGUCUCAGACAGCUGGAAAUUCCUUGUAUAAGGGUGGCAGCCUGAACCGAAAGGACAUGGAAAAUGCGUCGAAGAAGCUGUGCGUGUCGCGGGCCCAGCCUCUAAUUGAGAACCACGAGGUGUCCACGCUGCUGUUGGCGAAGGACAAGAUGAUGGACGACGAGGAUCUGAUGAGAGAGAGCAACACGGAGCGCCGCCGCAAACUGGCUCGCAUGGAGGCCAUACGACAGCAGGAGGGAACCGACACCAAACCACAGACCAUCAUGGGUUACCGAAAGGAAAAGUGUGAGAGAACGCGAGCGUUGAAGACGAUAGAGCUGUAUCGUAUGAACAUGAAGCGCGAGGGAAUCCUCACCAUGUUAAGCAGCACAAUCACCUCACAUCACACGAUCUUCCCCUCAUUCGGCGGCGUGGAGUUCUUCGAGUUCGUUCUGCGCAAUCCAUACAAUGUGCAGCAAACUCUGACCAUUGACUGCACUGAUUCAGAACUCAAGGUGAUAACGAAUGCGCGUGAAUGGCGUCACUUCAAGCAGCUGAACCACAUCAACACUCACGUGGAGGAGGACAUGUUCAAACAGGAGACGGACUCGGACCCGCUGCAGAUCUUCCUCCGACCCAAGGAGACCGUCAACAUCCCAUUCAAGUUUCAGUCAUUCAAGGCAGACAACUCCGUACAACCACAGGGUCCAGUUGACCCCUUUAAGAAGCCGCGGAACAUGAACAAGACUCAGGAUAAGAUUGAGGCUCUCGAGUCACGAGUCGUCAAGGUUGUGUUCACUUCAGACGAAGGCAAGCCUGUGUCGGUGCUGGUGCUGAAGGUUGAACCACAGCCACAUGUCGUCGACCAGACGUUCCGAUUCCACCACCCCGAGCAGGCCUUCCUCAAGAAGUCCAUCCGAUUGCAGCAAGUCCCCACCCUGCCAGGGAGUCAGAUUGGUGGCAGUAGUGGUAUGAGUCAGGUGUUUGUGCGAUGCAGCGACCAGAACGUUAUCUGUGACAGCCGAGCCACCCAGCCAGGGGAACCGCAUGACGUCUUUAUAAAGUGUGCGCUGGGUCUUUCACCCCAGAUAAAGAGAUUUCACGUCGCCAUCUACCUCGACCCACUCCUGUCGAAACCCAUCCAGAUAUGGCAGAUCUUCACGCACGCCAUGAAGCGAGUUGACGUCAUGUCUAUCGAAGGGCAAACAAGCCAUUUCUCUCUGCUUCUGAGAGGGACCCAGUCGACCCGACUGUCACGCUGUUUCUCGUCCCAUCCGGAGGAGAUGUCCCUCAGCCCGUGCGACCAGUUCCUCCUGGCGGCCGGCGCGGUCCAUGAACUGUCGGUUGCCGUGCGACCAAUGAGGCCGGGCAACCACUUCUACUACCUCAACGUGGUCGACCUCGACUGUCACCAGCUCAUUCAUGCAUGGAUCGUGUGCGUCGCGUGUCGUGCCCCCAUCAUCUCCCGCGCCUACGAACUCGACCUGCCCGUCGGGGGCGGCAAGGGCUCGAGCAAGCGGAUCACGUACCAGAACCCGUACCCGGUCACGAAGAGCUUCCAGCUGCGCACGGACCGGGGCGACCUCCUGCAGUUCAAAGACACGCGGAUCGAGGUGGGGGGCGGGGCGCAGUACACCAUCCGCCUCAGCUUCGUGCCUGUCAUGCAGCCCGGUGUGGCUGAGAUCAUGGUGUUCAUUAACGACGAGGAUGACAAAAACGAGGAGACGUUCAGGGUAACGGCCAACUACAAACAUUUCACCUGAACGCCGCAUUACAGUUUGUGGCUUUAGAGUUUGUUGUAAAGAUCUAGAUGUAAAUAACGGCAAACUACAAACAUUUCCAUGAAACAGGGCUAGUACACGACAUGGAGUUUGUCUUAAAAAUACACACAAGACUUUAGAGUUUUUCAUAAAAAUACAGGUAUAGGUAGCAGCCAACUAUAAAUAUUUCAUGUGAACAGGGCUAGUACAUGACUUGAAGUUUGUCAUAAAAAUACAGGUAUAGGUAGCAGCCAACUAUAAAUAUUUCAUGUGAACAGGGCUAGUACAUGACUUGGAGUUUGUCAUAAAAAUACAGGUAUAGGUAGCAGCCAACUAUAAAUAUUUCAUGUGAACAGGGCUAGUACAUGACUUGGAGUUUGUCAUAAAAAUACAGGUAUAGAUAGCAGCCAACUAUAAAUAUUUCACAUGAACAGAGCUAGUACAUGACUUGGAGUUUGUCGUAAAAAUACACACGAGACUUUAGAGUUGUGACUUUAGAGUUUGUCAUAAAAAUACACAAUUCCAAAUAGAUAGCAAACAACUUGAAACAUUUCACUUGAACAGGACUUUAAAGUUUGUGUAAAAAUACACAUACAGAUAGUAGCUAACUACAAAAUUUCACUUGAACAGGACUGGUACACAACUUUAGUUUGUCGUGAAAAUACACAGUGUCAUAUAGAUAGCAACUAUAAAUAUUUCACAUGAACACGAAUAGUACACAAGUUUAGAGUUUGUCGUAAAAUACACAUGAGACUAUAGAGGUUGUUGUAAAAAUACAGGUAUAGAUAGCAGCCAGGUAUAAAUAUUUGACAUGAGCAGGGCUUGUACAUGACUUUGUCGUAAACAAUACAUAUACGACUUUAGAGAUUGUGACGUUACAUUAACAGCAUUGUUCUCACAAACUAUAUCAAUAAGACUUUGUUUAUACAUCUAUGAAUAUUCACUGAAAGUUAUUAAAUGUAAAUGUUAGUUGUCAUCAACAUACUUUACGAGUUAUGUAAAUGUUUGACAUGCACAGCAGUGGUAUGUUGAAAUAUGUGCCAUGUUAUACAAAUAUUUCACAGAGCACGACUGGUGGUCUGGUAGUAUGCGACAUAUGAACAUGUUAUUGGCUUUAUUGGUGAACAGUAUGGGUCAUUUCUUCUGUUGUUAAAAUUGACGUAUAGGUAAUAGCAAGUUAUUGGCCUUAUUAAUGGACCGUAUGGGUCAUUUCUUCUGUUGUUAAAAUUGACCUAUAGGUAAUAGCAAGUUAUUGGCCUUAUUAAUGGACCGUAUGGGUCAUUUCUUCUGUUGUUAAAAUUGACCUAUAGGUAAUAGCAAGUUAUUGGCCUUAUUAAUGGACCGUAUGGGUCAUUUCUUCUGUUGUUAAAAUUGACCUAUAGGUAAUAGCAAGUUAUUGGCCUUAUUAAUGGACCGUAUGGGUCAUUUCUUCUGUUGUUAAAAUUGACCUAUAGAUAAUAAUAUGAACAAGUUAAAGUUUGUUUUGUUUAACGACACCACUGGAGCACAUUGAUUAAUUAAUCAUCGACUAUUGGAUGUCAAACAUUUGGUGAUUAUGACUCAUAGUCA